AUAGGGAUGUAUAACUGAACUUGAAUUUCUUUAAUUUAUAGCAGCUCGGAAGUAGAGUAUAAAAACGCCAACAGCAACAAAAGUAAGUAGAGUAACGCUAUGUACCAAAUAUUUAAGAUCGAGAAGCAGUUAUUAAAACCUUCACAAGUAAAUGAAUGCCUUAUCCGUGGGUUUACAGGUUCCAAAAACUCGCAAAAUAAUUUGAUGGUCGACCCAAGCAAUAGAAUUAACCAAUACUGCAGCCAACGGACAAAAAUUGACGAAGAGCGUCAUUUUUUAAUCAAAAAUGAUGACAGUGUCAAACCAACAGAAAGCAGAAGCAUAACUUUCAAAACAAAGAAAAGUGAAGAAAAGCUUCGAUUCAAAAAAUACAAUGGAUUAAAAGCUGGUGAAUUUUCCAUUCUGGAACGGAAACAGAAACAAUACACAAAAAGGGCCACUGGUAUUCAGCAAGGAAAAAACAGAAGAAAUAAUUUUAUGCAGUUCAAUGAUGAAGAUAACGCUAUAAAUUUAGAACACCUAUUUAUGAGGCUGACUGACGCCGAAAAUGAGAACGAAGAGUAUAUAGACACGUUUUUAAUCGCGCAUUCAUUCUUCACCACUUCGACACGGCUAUUGCAAUAUCUCAUAGCUCGAUUUUACUGUAGUAACACAAUGACAGGUCCGCAGAAAACUCAAUCGAGAAUUCUCAACGUUAUAUUACGUUGGAUCAAAAUACAAUUCGAAGUUUUUGCGCUCAACCCGAGGCUUUUAACUGACCUUCAAGCGUUUUUGGAUGAAAGCCUGAACAAAAAAUACUACACAUUCGAAGUAGAAAUGAUUAGAGAAGCAAUACAAAUACAAUUAGUGCAAAAUGAAAAACCGUGCCUUUAUUCUCAACAUUAUAUCCCGUGUCUUAACACUACUUCAUCACUCACAAUGGCUUCAACGACAGGAUUUACGCCUCCUAUGUCCCCUAAAUCGAGUCAUGACGGCUCGACAACACCAUUACUCUUUCAACAACCAGAAGAGAUAGCUAUGUAUUUAACCUUGGUAGAUUUUGCUAAUUUGAAAUGUAUUACAACCUAUGAUUACUUAGAUAUGUACAGCAGGUCCCUUUGUGACAGGGAAACAAUGCAAGCCACCCAUUACGUUGAAAGUACUUACAAUCUGUUCGUCAAUUCAACAGAUAAUAGUGAAAAAAGAGUGGAUUAUAUUAAGCUCAUGGCUGAGAGAACAAAUAGCUUAACAAAAUGGGUUACAGAUACAAUUACAGUGCAUCAAUUAGGUAGUAAGCAAAGAGCAGCGAUAGUACAGAAAAUGAUUGAAGUAGCAAAGCUCUGUUUAGAUUGGAAUAACUUUCAUACAAGUAUGACGAUCACUUUGGGAUUAAUGAAACUACCUGAUGUACAACCUGAAACUGUAUUGAGCAGCGCCAAGCACGAUCGGCAAUAUCUAUCACUUGUCCCUACUAAUCCGUCUCUCUCACAUCAAGCAAAGUCAUACUAUAAACACUUAGUGAAGUAUACCGAUGUAUCUAGCAAUAUGAGAUAUUACAGAAGUGCCCUUGCGAAAGUAAGAUCGAAUAAGAACAGCAACCAAAUCUCUCAACCAUGCAUACCUUUCUUCCCAAUCCUCUUGAAAGACUUGCACUUCUUGAUGGAUGGCAACGAGACAAAACGUUCUAACGAUGGACUUAUAAACUUUUCAAAGUUCCGUUUGUUGAAGAAGAUGCUGGACACGAUAUCAAGUUAUACAGCUUCAUGCUACUGGUUUGCUUCAAAUAUCGAUCAAUAUCCCUUCUCGAAUGAUAUGUUUCGUAAAGAUGUGUUUCAUACCUUAUUGAACAAAAUUUCUCUUUCAACCGCUACGCCUUUUGUAAAAGAAAAAAACAACAACAAUAAUAUCGAUAAUACUAGCUGCCAAAUAAAAGUAGUGGGAAGAGUUGCGUAUUCCAGUAAUAUGGCAUCAUUAUCAAUGUCGCCAUACAAUUAACAUAAAAGCCGGAAUUGUUGGCAUUAAGAAGUAUUUAUGAUCCAGGCCUUACGAAAUUACAGUAUAAUAUCGAUUUAACCAGUCUCCAUUUUGUUAAAGUCAUCAAUAAGCUGACAUGAUGAUGGAAGUCAUAACCAUAUAUUUUCCUAUGUUUUUAUACCAGG